GGGAAAUGCUCUAUGUACACAGCAGUGUACACAUCAUCUACACAGCACAAAAACUCUCACCCCCUUCUUUUCCAACCUAUUAACCCCUACCCUCCCUCCUUCCUUUCUUUUCAUUUUUUCCUCUCCUUCCCUGCGCCCAACUUCCUUCUCCCUAUACCUCUUUCCUUUUUCUUUUCUCUCCCUCCCUGCGCCCAACAUCUCCAGCCUCUUUUCUUCUCCCUCUAUCUUCAUUUCUUUUCUCUUCCUCUUUCCCUCUUUUCUUUUUCUUUCCUCUCUUUAUCUCCCUUUCUCCAUCUUUUUUCUUCUCUUUUCUUUUUUUUUCCUGUUUGCUCUCACUUUUUUUGCAGAUCUAAAUCCGGUCAGAAAAAUAGGAGGAGUCACAACUUGAAUUUACUUUGCUCUCUCAAAUAUUAUUCAUGAGGAGCUUUAACCACGUGACUGCUUCAGGGACCAAUACUAGUAUCUUGAAGGCUUGUGAUUGAAAACUAUGUCUCUUUUUCUAUCGGGAGCAAGACAGGUGAUAUUUCAAAUCGUGACAUGAAAUGGAUUCAGAAGGUCAAGAAUGAGAGAUUUCAAGCAAAUGAUAAUUACACGGUCGUGCCUGGCAGUUAGGCACGCCGUGCCUGGACGCGAAUUACGGGCCUCUUCCGCAGGCACGGUCGUGCCUGGCGCCGUGCCUGGCCGCGAUUGGUCCUAAUUCGACCCGAAUUCGUUGUUUUCUAUAAAUAAGGCCUCCAUAACCCCGUUUGGGGGUGACGAACUUUGUGGAGAGGCCUAGGACAAAUUUUACCUGCGUUUUUACGUUGUUUACUUCGAGAACCUGAGAUUCUUUGUAAGAUCAAUUCUUUUAAUUAAUGACAAUCUAUUCUAUUCAUCCCAAUUCUUUUGAUUCAUC